UGGCUUGCUAAGAAGAGGAAAGUUUGUGCUGUGAAGGAAAGAAGUAUAUUGGGUUAUUGAAAUAAAUUACAAUUUAGGUGAUAAAUAGCCAAAAUGUCCGAUAAUGAGGAUGAUUUUAUGUGUGAAGAUGACGAGGAUUAUGGAUUGGAGUACUCGGAAGACAGCAACUCGGAACCAGAUGUGGAUCUAGAAAAUCAAUAUUACAAUAGCAAAGCCUUAAAAGAAGAAAACCCAAAUGGCGCGUUGGCAUCAUUUCAGAAGGUGCUGGACUUAGAAGGUGGAGAAAAAGGGGAAUGGGGUUUCAAAGCGCUUAAGCAAAUGAUUAAAAUAAAUUUUAAAUUGAAUAAUUACAAUGAAAUGAUGGAGCGUUACAAACUUCUAUUGACUUAUAUUAAAAGUGCCGUCACGCGCAAUCAUUCGGAAAAGUCAAUAAAUUCUAUUUUGGACUACAUUUCCACUUCCAAAAAUAUGGAGAUUUUGCAAAAGUUUUAUGAAACUACAUUAGAUGCGUUAAAGGAUGCCAAAAAUGACCGCCUUUGGUUCAAAACUAACACCAAAUUAGGGAAACUAUAUUUUGAUCUUGGUGAUUUUAUCAAAUUGCAAAAAAUAUUAAAGCAACUACACUUGUCGUGUCAAACUGAUGAUGGUGAGGAUGACUUAAAGAAAGGCACACAGUUACUCGAGAUAUAUGCACUAGAGAUUCAAAUGUAUACCGUGCAGAAAAACAACAAAAAGCUAAAAGCUUUAUAUGAACAAUCAUUACAUAUUAAAUCAGCAAUACCACAUCCAUUAAUCAUGGGUGUAAUACGUGAGUGUGGCGGAAAAAUGCAUUUGAGAGAAGGUGAAUUCGAAAAAGCACACACAGACUUCUUUGAAGCGUUCAAGAAUUAUGAUGAAUCCGGUUCUCCACGACGCACAACUUGCUUGAAGUAUUUGGUUUUGGCAAACAUGUUAAUGAAGUCCGGCAUAAAUCCCUUUGAUUCGCAAGAGGCCAAACCAUAUAAACAAGAUCCCGAAAUUGUGGCCAUGACGAAACUGGUUAUUUCGUAUCAAAAUAAUGAUAUAACAGAAUUCGAGUCUAUACUAAAGACUAAUCACAAAAGCAUUAUGGAUGAUCAAUUUAUACGUGAACAUAUUGAAGAUCUGCUUCGCAAUAUACGCACACAGGUACUGAUCAAACUGAUACGGCCUUAUAAAAAUAUUGGCAUACCCUUUAUAGCGACAAAGUUGAAAAUAGAGGCAGCAGAAGUCGAAAGUCUAUUGGUAUCGUGUAUACUAGAUAACACGAUCCAAGGACGCAUCGAUCAAAUUAAUCAAGUGCUACAACUUGAUAAAGAAAAUAGCAAUGCAGCGCGUUACAAUGCCGUGGACGGUUGGGCGAAUCAAAUUUCGUCGCUGCAUCAGGCUGUGGUCAACAAAAUGGCAUAAACGAUAGUGUAGAUUUGUGUUAAGCGGGUUAAAAACAUGCUUGCUACAAUAAAGGAUCACUACAUAAAUGGAA